AUGGCGCAUGGAGGUAGUAAGCCUCUUGCCUGCACAAAGAGUGGUAAAAUUCAUUCCGGUGUUUGUCGUGAGGGUUCCACAGAUUGCUUCAAGUGUGGUCAAACCGGACAUUUUAUGAGGGAGUGCCCAAAGAACAAGCAAGGAGGUAGUAAUGGGGGCAAUAUAGCUCAGUCUUCAUUAGUUGCUCCACAAGACUGGGUUGCACCUAUGGGAACUACUUCUGGUGUUGGCGGAAGAAUAAUCCGCUUAUACGAUUCCCACAAUCGCCAAGAGCAUGAGAAUUCGCCAGACGUUGUCACUAGUAUGAUUCAAGUCUUUGACUUUAUUGUUUAUGCAUUGUUUGACGUAGGAGUAAGUUUAUAUUUUGGAACUACCUAUGUUUCCGUGAAAUUUGAAAUUAUUCGUGAGCCACUUAGUGAACCAUUCAGUGGUUCCACACCUGUUGGCAAAUCCAUUCUAGAAGAAAGAUUUUAUCGUGAUUAUCCUAUUUCCUUCAGUUAUAAGAGUACUAGACGAGGUAGACUUUGA